AUGGCGUCCAUCGAGGUGAUCACGUCCAAGGAGAAGGAGAUCACCAUCACCAAGGCCAACGGGGAGACCAGCAUCGGCACCGUGCGCAUCUGGAACGAGACGGUGUCCAACCUGACGCUGAUGGCGCUGGGCUCCUCGGCGCCCGAGAUCCUGCUGACGGUGAUCGAGGUCUGCGGGCACAACUUCCAGGCCGGGGAGCUGGGCCCGGGCACCAUCGUGGGCAGCGCGGCCUUCAACAUGUUCGUGGUCAUCGCCGUGUGCGUCUACGUGAUCCCCAGCGGCGAGAGCCGCAAGAUCAAGCACCUGCGCGUCUUCUUCGUCACCGCCUCCUGGAGCAUCUUCGCCUACAUCUGGCUCUACCUGAUCCUGGCCGUCAUCUCCCCCGGGGUGGUGCAGGUCUGGGAGGCCCUUCUCACCCUCCUCUUCUUCCCCGUCUGCGUC